UUCACACCCGGCUUUUUUGGCACUGUGUCAUCAUCGAACAUAAAUAACCCAUUUGGCAAUUAAAAAAACAGACAAACGCUUAUCACAACCAAACACAAAAAAAAAAUAGAUAGUACUCCAAUCACGCGAAGCAUCCAUAAAUCGAAGCGAACAUGUCACAGAUCUAUCAGAAGUCGGAGGUUGCGGAACGCAAUGGCAAAAACGGCCAGCCCGUCUGGAUGAUCUACAAGGGCAACGUGUACGAUGUGACGACAUUUAUUAAGGAUCAUCCCGGCGGCCCGGAGCUCAUACUGGAGGUGGCCGGCAAGGAUGCAACCAAGGCGUUCAACAAUGCCGGACACUCGCCGGACGCAGUCCAGCAGCUGAAACAGUACAAAAUCGGCGAAGUUGCCAUCGAUGCGCAGCCCAAACCGCAAACGGCCAACGGCAAAUCCGCCGAUCCGGGUCAAACAAAGCAGCCGCAGCCGCAGCAGGCGGAGAAAUCGGGCGGUUUCCUGUGCUGCUGCUGAGCGCAGUUUCCAUU